AAAUAGCUCGUGACAUCACUGAACGAGGAGUGGAUGACGAGGAGGGGCGAUAUUCCAACCAGGAAAAAAAAAGCUCCACCAGGAACGAUGAAUUACCCAAUUUGACUGUCAAUAUUCAACACUUUGCGGGCUUUUUGGCCCCCGGAGAGAGCGUUUGGACAAAGCGCGCUUCCAAGCGAUGAAGUUCCUCCCGGCAGUUUGUUCUUUUUUUUCGCUACAAUUCCCGGGAUGGCUAGCUCAAGCUAACGUUGCUCGCUAACUGCUUAGCUCGUCUAUUUAGCCAUCCAUACCCCCCAUAACUUAGCCCAUUAUCAUUUUUUAAAGUGGGGAAUUCUUGUUUUUUUUGUUUGUUUAUGUGCAACUCGAGUGUUUGGCUUCGGGAGCUCGACGACGUGAGUGUGCGGUAGAUGGACGGGCUGACGGGAGGCGGUUGCUACCUCUGCGCGGGCGUGAAGCGUCGGGGUCUGGGCGGCUAGGCUUGCGGGAGGGCUCCGACAAAUGUGGCAGGGGCGGUCAGCACUGUCCCGCUGUCUCCGGGACACGAGUGUUUAUUAAAACCAGGCUUUUUUGGGGUGUGUGUGUGCGUGUUUAAGUCGUUCAGCUUCCACGAUUGAGCAGCGGUGCUGGGAACGAUUAAAAAGGUGUUGGCACACUGGAAAAAUCUUUUUUUAAACACACCCCCAUGUUUAGCUCGUUGCUUCUAGUAUUUAUUUAUUUUUUUUACAAAUGAAAUGGUCUUGUACACCAUUUAAAACAUCGCUUUCCCCUCGUAUUCUUCCGACAAGUCUUUUUUUCUUGCAAACUGCGAAUUUGCAUACGACUUAAGUCUUAAGCUGUCAAAUAUUUGUCACCGGCAACGAGCAAAGAAAGUAGCAAGAUCCCAUUCGACCGAACGGGAUUCCAUUGACUUGAGCUUGGAGAGCCAUUCCGGAGCCCGGCGCGACCCUCCCCCCCUCCCCCCUUCGUCUGUCAGGCAGGGCUUUUCUGGCUCAUGCGGUGAUGACUCUUGACUCCAUGAUGGCUUGUUGCCUGAGCGAAGAGGCGAAGGAGUCCAAACGGAUCAACUCUGAGAUCGAGAAGCAACUGCGGCGGGACAAACGGGACGCCAGGAGGGAGCUGAAGCUGCUAUUGUUGGGUACCGGUGAGAGCGGCAAGAGCACUUUUAUCAAGCAAAUGCGAAUUAUUCACGGCUCGGGCUACACCGAUGAGGACAAGAAGGGCUUCACCAAACUGGUCUACCAGAACAUCUUCACGUCCAUGCAGUCCAUGAUCCGGGCCACCGAAACCCUGAAGAUACCAUACAAGUUCGAACAGAACAAAAACAAUGCGCAGCUGGUGCGCGAAGUGGACGUGGAGAUGGUGACGUCGUUCGAUCAGCCGUACAUCGGCGCCAUCAAGAUGCUGUGGGCUGACCCUGGCAUCCAGGAGGCCUAUGACCGCAGGAGAGAGUACCAGCUCUCGGACUCCACCAAAUACUAUCUUAGCGAUCUGGAUCGUAUCGCUGAAUCUUCCUAUCUACCCACCCAACAGGAUGUGCUUAGGGUUCGAAUCCCAACCACUGGGAUUAUAGAAUACCCUUUCGACUUGCAAAGCAUCAUUUUCAGGAUGGUGGAUGUCGGCGGCCAGCGGUCGGAGAGGAGGAAGUGGAUCCACUGCUUCGAGAACGUCACCUCUAUCAUGUUUCUGGUGGCGCUCAGCGAGUACGAUCAGGUGCUGGUGGAGUCGGACAACGAGAACCGCAUGGAGGAGAGCAAAGCGCUGUUCAGGACCAUCAUCACAUAUCCUUGGUUUCAAAACUCCUCCGUCAUCCUCUUCCUCAACAAGAGGGACCUGCUGGAGGAGAAGAUCAUGUACUCUCACUUGGUGGACUACUUCCCGGAGUUUGACGGCCCUCAGCGUGACCCAUUGGCAGGUCGUGAGUUCAUCCUGAAAAUGUUUGUGGACUUGAACCCGGACAGCGACAAGAUCAUCUACUCGCACUUCACCUGCGCCACCGACACGGAGAACAUCCGCUUUGUCUUUGCUGCCGUCAAAGACACCAUCCUGCAGCUCAACCUCAAAGAGUACAACCUGGUGUGAAGUGCUCUGUGACAGAGAGAGAGAGGAGAGAGAGCAAGCCACACACACACACACACACACACACACACACACACACACACACACACACACACACACACACAAAAUUAUCCACUUCUAGAACAUACAUGUCUGCAUGGAACAUAGUCAUGCGCUUCGCUCCACACUCGCUAUCUCUUUUUUUGGGUGUCUUGUGUUGCUCAUCACAGUGUACACAUCACGUGAGCCUUUCUAUGGUGGGAAUUCAUGAUUGAACCUACAGUACUAUAUUAUCAGCAGUGCUUGUGUGUCACAGGGUGGCCCAUGUCAAAGACUUUCCGGUUCAAAGGGCUUUCUCCCGACUUGUGUACACCGUGCAUGCUGUACUCGACUACAGUGUGCUCAUAUUAAAGAAUAUAUCAGUUGGUGUUUUUAAAAAAAAAAAAGGAAUGCCCUCCAAUCCAGAGCGCACCUGCUCUGUCGAAUGUAAAUAGUUUUGCUUACACAUAGAUGACUUAUCUACUUUUUGCCUACUUUGUAAUUACAGUGGCUACACUCAAAAGGAUUGUAACCCCCUCACACACACUGCCCUCUUGGCGUUUCAAGUGUUAAUACCCCUUUAAGACAGCACUACCACUACAUUUACUGCGAAUCGCUCCACAGUUGCGUUGCCAAAUUGACUCCACAUUUCUGGUUUGUUUUUUGUAAAUAGAAAUACUGUACAGUAUGUUGCCAGUAUUCCCUUAGUGCAGGAGUGGGAGUCGGUCUGCCAUGCAGUUCUCUGCCUCUUGAGACGUGUUAAAUUUAUGAGGCGCGCCGGCGAGAGCAGGGGAGUUGUCUCUUCUAUUUCCGUAAGUAGUGCUUUCCUAUGAAUCUCGAGUUUAUUAGAGUCCUGCGACCACAUGAUGCAAACUCAAAUUCGAAAUUUAAUUUUGUCGAUCUAUCGAGUGCGGCGUUUCCCAACCUUUGUUGUACAUUAGAAAAACGUCUGAUGGCAUACCACCAAAGAAAAAAUGUCAUAGCAAGUACAGAUACUGAUUAGAUGAGCACAACGCUUUUAUUCCGUUGCAUAAAAGGCAAAAUGUGGAUACACAGGUUAAUUGUAUUUUCUGUCAUCUAGUGGUAAAGCAUUACAUUAUUGUGCCUGUCACUAUACGUCACCGACAUAAAUGGAUGAAUAACAAUAUAUGAUUUGUAGAAUACAAAUAGUGUUAAAAACAUUCAUGGAAUUGGCACAGUGUUUGGUAUUUACUGGUCUAGUAUACGUGGUUAAAAUCUAGGAGGAGUUUGUUUAAGGACUUCCUGGAAAAAAGCAAAAUAAUUUUAAAAUGCCCACUUUAAACAAAAAUAGCAUAGACUUACAAUUUCUUGAAUCACAAGCACUCCACUAAUGAUUAGGUAUAAAUUCUUGACACUCGUCAUAAACGUGCCUACCAAAUGUGCAUUUUCACCAAGAUCAAAGGAAAAGUUUAAGAUUUCACAUUAACUUUUUUUUUUUUUUUUUUUUUUUUUUUUUUUAUUAAGGUGGGCAAGCCCUAGCAAUUUGUUUGAAUUAGUAAUUAAGAAUCCAACCGAAAGUGGUCCUUUUCCUCCAUGUAUUUAAAUACUUGAGACCAAUUGUUAUUUUUAAAAAAUGCUUUAAUAAUUUAAUAUUGCUUUUACAAACCUUUUCAGGUUUUAAUUACUCGUAAAUAUUUUCUAUUCACGGCCAGGGUCGGUCCCGAUCCUCCAUGAAUACUGGGGUUCACCGUACUGCCAUAUCAAUCUGUUUAUGGCAUAACAAUCCUCUCCUUUAAAGGGGAAGUCAAGUCAAAAAUUGUCUUUACAAUAAUAUAUCCACCCGUUUUAUUCAUCUCGGCGGGGAGGGGUGCCACUUUCUCUUGUACUGCCAUUUGCCGCCGGCUGAAAAUGACAUCACUUUGCCUCAGGGCUUAGCUUGCGCACGCUCACCUGUUUUCUGGGGUUGGUCACAUGGUGUUAGCAAGCUGAGCCCUUAGGCACUGUGAUGUCAUUUUCAGUCGACAGAAAGUGGCAGUACAAGACAAAAUGGC